AUGGAGAAGCCCCUGUGCCGUAACUGUGGAAAACAACAUGUUGGGAGAUGUUUGGCGGGCUUAGGUAUGUGUUAUAUCUGUGGUCAUGCAGGUCAUGUGGCAAGAACUUGCCCUACAAAGAGCUCGGGAAAUCCAAGGGAACCCCUUAGAGGACCUGUCAUCCGAGAGCCCACCGUACAAACUCGCCCACAGACCAGGGCAUAUGUAAUGACCAUUAAAGAGGCGGGAACAUCUGGCACCGGGGUGACAGGUACGCUUUCUAUAAUAAGACACUUUGAGUUGACAUUGUUUGAGUCUGGUUCUACCCAUUCCUUUGUUGCCUUACCAUUUGUUAAACAAGCAGGGUUCGUAGUAGAACCCUUAAUGCAUGCAUUGUCAGUCGGUACCCAAGCAGGGGUAGACUUAGUUACGAAAAAUAGAGUAAAGGACGGACAAGUGGUAAUAGCUGGACAAACCAUCCAUGUGGACUUAAAGGUAGUGGAUAUCACAGAUCUUGACGUCAUACUAUGA